CUUCGAUACUUCAUUCCGUGUUCAAGGCAUGUGUUGUUUACUGGGUUGAGUAUCCCAACAGGGAUAUUUGGGGUUGAUAUGGCCACUCCUCCAUCCUCUCUUCGAGGGGAGACUGAUGAUGCGAUCGCGAUGGAGAAGAAUGCGGGCCUGAUAAUGGGUACCAACAACAGCAGCAUUGUAUCGAAGAGAAGCGUUGAGCGACUCUACCUGCCACAGCCGCAUUUCUAUCGAUUCUUCGUAAAGAAGCCUCAGCGGAGAGCACCUCUCAUUAACCGGGGGUAUUGGCUUCGCAUGCGAGCCAUCGACUGGGUUGUUAGACAGUUCUUGGAAAGGCCUUCUGAUCAGAAGAAGGUUAUCAUUAAUUUGGGCUGUGGAUAUGAUCCCAUACCCUUCCAAUGGCUUGCACAAGACAGGGAACUAUGCAGCGCUGCGAAAUUCAUCGACGUUGAUUUUGAGGAGCUGAUGAUUAGCAAGCGUGAAAUCAUCCGUAACACUCCUCGGAUGAAAGAUCUGCUUUCAGUCAAUGCCGAAGUGCCGCAAGAAAAUGGGAUAGUAUUCGACAGUGAAGAGUACGUUGGCAUCGGGUGUGACUUGCGAAAUCCACGACGGUUGGAGCGCCUGCUCAAAUCCGUAGUUGACAUUGAUGACUGUCUGAUCCUCUGUUUGGCCGAAGUCAGCAUCACUUACAUGGCCCCUGAAGACUCAGAUGCGCUCAUCGCGUGGACAAGCACGCUCUCUCCAGAUGUCACAUUCUGUUUAUUAGAACAGCAGUCUCCAGAUCGUCCCGACAAUCCGUUUACUACUACCAUGAUGAACCAUUUUUCCAAGCUGGGCACUCCACUUCGUUCUGUCUUCAAGUAUCCUGGAUGUCACACCCAGACUCUACGUUUCCAGAGUGCAGGUUUUCACAUGGUCGAGACACAAAACUUAUGGGAGUUGUGGGCCGAUCCUAGGUUUCUAUCACCCUCUCAGCGCAUGUCUCUUGACGAAGUGGAACCCUUCGACGAAUGGGAGGAAUUCGCACUAUUCGCCUCGCACUAUGCAUUUAUCAUUGCACAGACUGGAGAUGAACCGUUGAUUCCUGAGCAGCCAAGAUCUAGACGAGCUUCCAUGGAUAGUAUUGCAUCCGACAUGUCUACGAGAACUGUUUCGCCAUACAGUGGCCUGACGCAGUUCUUUGCUUACACAUACACGCCGAAUCCAGAGCGGGAAGGGCGCACUCACCAUGCCUCAGCCUACCGAAUUCCCGGCGAGGAUGCCAUUGGGCUGCAUGGGGGGACAGGUCUACAGGCUAGACUAUCUAGCACCUCAGUUUAUGCAUCUUCAGAUUACAAACUGCCACCACCGUCUGUUCCACCUGAGGAUAUUGGAGCCAGAUGCUGCCAUACCAUUACGACUCUUGCAAACGGACAAAAUAUCCUUAUUGGCGGAAGGGGAUCGCCUUCUGCGCCAAUGAAGGAUUGUUGGUUGCAAACUGGAUCCAAAUGGGAACGUAUCCAUGACCUUCCUGAACCUCGUUUUCGACACCGCGUGGCCGCCGUAGUCUUACCAGACAAGCUGUACGGCGUUGUUGUUUUCGGAGGCAAGACAUCGGCCACGAAGCUUGCCACCGAUUGUCUACUUUGGGAUAGGAAGAACGGUUGGCAGGUUCUUCGCUCUCUUCUAAAAGACCCCAUGCCCCGAUUUGGGGCAAGCUUCGUCAGACUUGGCUUCAACCAUGGUCUACUUUUUGGGGGCAUGCGACACGAUGGUGUAAUUUGCCAGGGCUUGUGGCGAUGGCGAUUGAAUAUCAGGGACAAUGUCGUCACUGGCGUCACUUUCAAAACUUCAAACGCUCUGGACACCUCAGCUGGCAUUUGGCCAUGGCUCUCUCGUCUUGGAGCCUCUUACAGCGUUAUUAGGAAUGAGCUUCUACUGAUUGGAGGAGUGGCUAGACAUGGCUGCAUACCAAAAGACUACGAGAUUCUUACCAUCCUUGGAAGUUUCUCCGCAUUCGGCGAAUUUGAGAAGGAGAUGGAGUUGCGAGUCGCUUGUGUCCUACCGCGAAAGGACCCGAACAUUCCUCGACCCUUUUUCAUCGGCCAUUCUACCCACCGUACAGCCAGUGCAGAGGACAGAGCUACGCUGAUUGUCGGUGGAGGAGCAACAUGUUUCAGCUUUGGUGCAUACUGGAAUCCAGGUUGCUGGCUCUUGUAUUUCUUCGAAGCAGGAGACACUACUCCAUGGGCUCUUGUUAAGCCUACUCAACAAAAGGCACUACCUGUAGGCCAGGGCGUGCUCAAGGAAGGCUCAAUGCGGCCUUUGACCCCAGUCAAAUGUGUGAGCCCCUACUUGGAACAGGAUUUCAUCAACAUCCUGGGAGCCGGCGUGCCAAAGAUUCUCACCUGUAUCGAUAUCGGACCGUGUACAAGCAAAUGGAACCCAGCCUAUCUCCUGUCUAAAGUUCCAGCUUCACGAAAUAUUGUCAUCCACGCCUCCCCCAACCGGACCAUGAAUUUCCAGCGCAAAGACUUCGCCUACACCACAAUGACGUUCCACAACUUUAUCAAAAUCUUAGACUCAGAUCCUCAAGCACACAUGUAUCUACGCUCCAUAUCCAGCACGAAGCCAACGCAACUCCCAGCACUUUUCCCCACCGAUUGGCCCGAACUCGCCGAUGACUUCACAUUGCCAUCAUCCCUCGAGUUCAUCCGCAGGCACAAAUUCAGCAGCCCAUUACGCAUCAGCGCCAAUGUCAACAUGUGGUUACAUUACGAUGUCAUGGCAAACGUUCUCUUCCAGGUCCGCGGAACCAGGAAACUCAUCCUUUUCCCUCCCGAAGACAUCAAGCACCUAUCUUUCCCUGCGGGUUCGACAACCUCGACGAUUGAUAUUCUUGAACCGUCCGAUAAUCCGGAGACCGAAGCCGACAGAUUAAAACCCAUACCAAACACACAUCCAUAUGUCGCCAUCCUCCGACCCGGCGAAGCACUCUUCAUUCCUCCACUCUGGGCGCACUCAGGCACACCAUUACCCGCAACCACCACAACAGCACAACCAACGCCCUCGGAUACGCCUUCGUCGCCAUUGACGCCAUCUACAUCUUCGGCACCAGGAGAUGUCACAGUCGCAUCCACCUCUGCCGUGGACGCAGCAUCGUCGUCGCGCAUAAAUAUCUCUCUGAACAUAUUCUUCCGCUCCUUGUCACAAUCAAACUACGCUGCCGGUCGCGAUGUUUACGGCAAUCGCGACUUGGCAGCCUACGAAGAUGGACGACGAGAUCUGGAAAAGAUAGUUCGACGGUUCAUAAGCACCAACACCCAAAGCAAAAACCACAACCAAUCUUCUGCAGCUGUGGAUACCCCCGAUGCAACGGCUGCCAACGGACGGCCAGGCAGUCCGGAAUCCGGUCUGGCAGAGAAUAUCCCCAAGCCCAUGGCGAAGGCAUAUCUCGAAAGGCUGGCAGACGAAUUGCGGGAGCGCGCUGAGAAGUUAUGAGCUUCGCUGCUUUCGCUCCAUAUCACACUUUGCGCACACACAAUAGCGGAUGUCCACAUCUUCUUCACAACAAUAGAAGAAGGCGACGUAAUAGAAUCACCAAGCUUAUAGCUCUCCGUCAGCCUCUAUUCGAACAAAGCUUAUAGCGUUGGCCCUCGAAUCCACAAGGGGCCCUUGGCUUUUUCCUAUCGAGCCCCACGCAUGUAGA